ACUUCUUCAACGACAUAUUUAUUUAAUCUUUGAAACUUAUUACAUAAGAGUUAUCUGCUUAUGCAGGAGCUGCUGCUGUCUCGGUCUCACCACUGAUAACCCAAUGACUUGGGACCAAUAAGUGCCCACUGCCCAGUCAGACUGUCAAAAGUACUCUCAGGUUUUAGUUUUGUCUUCUUCUUUCUCGUGACAGUGAAAACACCGGCAAACAGACAACUCUAAGAUGGUGGUGUCCUUAACGUUACGAUCGUACGUGAAGACUUUGUUCCCCGGCCGUGUAUUAUAUAAUGCCCUGUCUCCACACAGGACCUUUUCCUCUGGCGACACUCCAGAAAGAACUGUAAGAAUUGGAUGUGCCAGUGGGUUUUGGGGCGACACUCCAACUGCAGCACCUCAGCUUAUUCACAAUGGGAAACUUGACUUUCUUAUGUUUGAUUACUUAUCGGAAAUCACCAUGUCACUCCUUACUGCUGCUCGUGCAAAAAAACCAGAAUUUGGUUAUGCACCUGAUUUUGUUCUGUUUGCAAUUGGACCCUAUUUGAAUGACAUCAAAAGAAAGGGUAUUAGGGUCUUGAGUAAAUGCUGGUGGAAUUAA